AUGGCCUGGGACUCCCUGUGCAGCGGGGACUUACUGCGCCCCAAGAUAAGAAGCGCCUCAAGCCGGACGCCUGGCAGCCAGAGCAGUGCCGAAACGCCGUCCCUGGAGGAGCUGCGGCGCCUGCUCUGGACACGCGCGCACCCCACGGGGCACGUGGACGAAGUCUGGCCCAACCUUUACGUGGGAGACCUGUACGUCGCUCGUGACAAAGCACAGCUAAGCCAAAUGGGCAUCUCCCAUGUUGUGAAUGCUGCUGCUGGGCGAUUUCAUAUCGACACUGGACCCAAGUUCUACAAAGAUCUGCCUGUGGAUUACUACGGAGUAGAAGCAGAGGACAACCCAAACUUUGAUCUCAGCAUUUACUUCUACCCAGUUGCUCGAUACAUAAAAGCAGCACUGAAUUCCCCAAGAGGCAAAGUACUGGUUCACUGCGCCAUGGGAAUCAGCCGAUCUGCAACUCUCGUCCUCGCUUUCUUAAUGAUCUGUGAAGACAUGUCCCUCGCUGACGCCAUUCAGACGGUGCGCUCACACAGGGGGGUCUGCCCCAACUCCGGCUUCCUCAGGCAGCUUUGGGAGCUGGACCUCCAGUUAGGAAGAGGGAAAGGCAGAGGAGCGGAGGCCUGCUAG